AUGAAUAACUCCACAGUGAACCUCCCCAUAAGUGAAUCAUCCAUAAACUCUACGACUCUUUUCAUUGGGCAGAUAAGCUUUCUGGAAGUGUCCUUGUGUAGCAUCAAUCUUCUGUUUGGUCUUCCUUUACACUCCUAUGUUAUAUGGCUCAUCGUUACACAAGCUGGAAUUUCAACAGACUUCUUCAGCCUCAAUCUCUCUGUCUGUGAGAUCGGUGUCUGCAUAGAUAGUUUGUUCACUAUAUUGUCGCUUUGGUUUUCAAGUCUGGAGAUGUUGGCGCUACUUUUAUCAGGGCUAGGCAUGACCGGCCGUCCUCUGUUUCAGUGUAUGAUCUGUGUUGAGCGUUACCUUGCAGUGGUUCAUCCCGUAACCUUUCUGAAGUUCAGACCUCUGAGAUAUAGAGCCAUCUUCUCCACUGCUGGCUGGGCCAUUUGUCUUUGCUUCUGUUUCAGCUGCAUAUUUCUUUUGGUAUCAUAUAAGAUGUAUGUUUAUGCAUGGUUCUUCUCUGUACCCAUGAUCCUCGUCCUCUCCAUUAAGUUGUUUUGUUGUCUGGCUGUUCUAAGAGCUUUGAAGCAGUCAGGACCAGGAGAGAGAGGGAGAGAGAGAGAGGAUGAGAACCUAAGAAAGAAAAGAGUGUUUCAACAUAUUCUAAUAAUUACAGUGACAAUGAUAAUCAUAUAUAUUCCAUUUACUCUUGCAGGGUUUAUUUUCAUUUUCACAAAUCAGUAUAUUCCGGCUCUUUGGCUUAUUGGUGUGAUUUCCUACACCCUGGCUGCUUUUGUUCAGCCUGUGCUUUAUCUGCUUCGGUAUGGAAAAAUCCCCUGCUUUCCUAAACCAUGA